AUGACUGAAUCAAUGCUGAAAGAAGAUUCCCUUUCAAGGAUCCAGAGGGAGAUAUAUGAAGUGACCGAAAGGGAGCGCGAAUUCAAAGAAGGUCAUUUCAGAAUCAACAGACUCUUUUCGGAAUCAACAAUCGAUGUUACAAAGCAAAAUGGGCACGUUAAUGAAGACGCAGAUCCGCAGAGGACUCUCAACAGGGCAGUUUCAACGUCACACCUCCUCGGCCCGAUCGGUCCCACCACGCCUGCGACUCCGACAACUUUGAACACCAAUGGUUACACGCGCAGGUUCACACCCCAAAAUGGCACCAAAGGCAUCAUGCAAAGGUUUAUUGCCAACAAGGGAAAGUUGCCAGCCUCUCCGGCUUCCGCGACGACUCCCACAGCAAUCGCUCCACAACUUAUAUUCCCACCUACCGCCAUAACGCCCGUGGUGGCUCCGGCUGUGAUCACGCGCACGUCGGAGGGCAAGCCCGUUCGCAAAGGCUUCGUUCCCGUAGAAGAGAAAAUUCAAAAAGAAUUGAGAGAAAUGAAGGAUAGAGAACAUGAAUUAAAGAAAAUGAGAAAAAAGCAGAAACCGUUCGACAUAGACUUGAGUGACAUCGAGAUGACUUCGGAAUCCGAUGAAGAAGAUAUACCCCUGCCUGGAAAACUUAAAGCUACAAAAUCCAUUGGCGAACUAUACGAGGCGCUUAACGAGGAACUGAGGUCACCGUCGCCCAGAAAUAGUUCGGGUCAGGAGUCUUUGGGCAGUUUGAAGCCGGCGAAGUCCCUGGCGGAGCUGUGCGAGCUGUCUCCCGGGCAGGAGUUCCUGGCGCCUAGCUCCACGCGCCUCAUAGCGCAGUGGGAGUCGAUAAUACAACAGAAGCAGGAAGCCGGGGCAGCCUAG